UCCCCCAGCCCAAUGGCGCGGCUGCCGCGUCAGUGAUGUGAAACCUGGCUCAGGCUCGUCCGGCCCCCGGUCCGCAGCCCAUUACACCAUCCGCCGCGGCAUCCGCUGCAGCUGCUGUAGCCCGCGCAGCCAGGGAGGGCGGGAGGCGGCUCGGCGUGGCGGGGCGGGGCGAACGGCGCGGCCGGAUUCAUUCCUGUGGGGCGCGGGGCAUGGAGGAGCUGUGCGGCUGCAGGCGGAGCAGGCCGGCCCGGGCGGCGGCGCGGACAACGGUUUCAAUUUAAGGGGGGCGGCCCGAGCCCGAGCGGCCAGCGGCGGUGGGGAGGACCAGCCCCCGGGCAGGUAUUUGGUGCUCUGGUUUUCAGAUGUUGGAAGGCAGUAAGACAGAACACACUCUCCGUGGUUUUAUAUCCGUUUGGAGUGCCGUGAUUAACAUUGAACUUUGGUUCCUGUAACUCUUGCCUGUGUCCGUAGAGUUAGGCUGGGGCUUUGCUUUGAAAGAUAAAAAAAGCGCAGCCAGCUCCACCGGACAUAAAUGGAUCUAAAGACCGCAGUGUUUAACGCAGCUCGGGAUGGCAAACUCCGGCUUCUCACCAAGUUGUUGGCAAGCAAAUCCAAAGAGGAGGUUUCCUCCUUGAUCUCCGAAAAAACGAAUGGGGCCACGCCACUCCUGAUGGCCGCCAGGUACGGGCACCUUGACAUGGUGGAAUUCCUCCUAGAGCAGUGCAGUGCCUGCAUAGAGGUCGGGGGCUCCGUCAAUUUUGAUGGCGAAACCAUCGAGGGGGCCCCGCCGUUGUGGGCCGCCUCUGCCGCGGGACAUCUGAAGGUGGUUCAGUCUUUGUUAAAUCAUGGAGCGUCCGUCAACAACACCACUUUGACCAAUUCAACCCCUCUCCGAGCCGCCUGUUUCGAUGGCCAUUUGGAAAUAGUAAAGUACCUUGUGGAACACAAAGCCGAUUUGGAAGUAUCAAACCGCCACGGGCAUACGUGCCUGAUGAUUUCCUGUUACAAAGGACACAAAGAGAUUGCGCAGUAUUUACUCGAAAAGGGGGCAGACGUUAAUAGAAAAAGUGUCAAAGGUAAUACUGCAUUGCACGAUUGCGCGGAAUCUGGAAGUUUGGACAUCAUGAAGAUGCUUCUCAUGUAUUGUGCCAAGAUGGAAAAGGAUGGUUAUGGAAUGACUCCCCUUCUCUCAGCAAGUGUUACUGGUCACACAAAUAUUGUGGAUUUUCUGACUCACCAUGCCCAGACGAGCAAGACAGAACGGAUCAAUGCUCUGGAGCUUCUGGGAGCUACAUUUGUAGACAAAAAAAGAGAUCUGCUUGGGGCCUUGAAAUACUGGAAAAAGGCCAUGAACAUGAGGUACAGUGAUAGGACUAAUAUAAUUAGCAAGCCAGUACCACAGACACUGAUAAUGGCUUACGAUUAUGCCAAGGAGGUAAACAGUACAGAGGAACUAGAAGGUCUUAUUGCUGACCCCGAUGAGAUGAGAAUGCAGGCACUAUUGAUUAGAGAGCGCAUUCUUGGCCCUUCGCAUCCCGAUACCUCUUACUAUAUUAGAUACAGAGGCGCAGUCUAUGCGGAUUCUGGAAACUUCAAACGAUGCAUCAACCUGUGGAAGUAUGCUUUGGAUAUGCAGCAGAACAAUUUGGACCCUUUAAGCCCAAUGACCGCCAGCAGCUUGUUAUCUUUUGCAGAACUGUUCUCUUUUAUGCUGCAGGAUCGGGCUAAAGGCCUGCUGGGCACCACUGUUACAUUUGACGAUCUUAUGGGCAUACUGUGCAAAAGUGUCCUUGAAAUAGAGCGAGCCAUCAAACAAACUCAGUGUCCGGCCGACCCAUUACAGUUAAAUAAGGCUCUUUCCAUUAUUUUGCACUUGAUUUGCUUAUUAGAAAAAGUUCCUUGUACUCUAGAACAGGACCAUUUCAAAAAGCAGACGAUAUACAGGUUUCUGAAGCUGCAUCCGAGGGGAAAGAAUAACUUUAGCCCUCUUCAUCUGGCCGUGGACAAGAAUACCACGUGUGUGGGGCGGUACCCUGUUUGUAAAUUCCCAUCUCUGCAAGUGACUGCCAUACUGAUUGAAUGCGGUGCUGAUGUGAACGUCAGAGACUCCGACGACAACAGUCCCCUGCACAUCGCUGCUCUCAACAACCAUCCAGACAUCAUGAAUCUCCUUAUUAAAUCAGGUGCACAUUUUGAUGCCACAAACCUGCACAAACAAACUGCUAGCGACUUGCUGGACGAGAAGGAAAUAGCUAAAAAUUUGAUCCAGCCCAUAAACCAUACCACCCUGCAGUGUCUCGCUGCUCGUGUCAUAGUGAAUCAUAGAAUAUAUUACAAAGGGCACAUUCCAGAGAAGCUGGAGACCUUUGUUUCGCUUCAUAGAUGAUGACCGGACUGUAUGUUCUGCACUGUCAAAGCACGAAUCGGUAACAGUUGUUUCAUAAACGAGCACUGUUGUGAUGACACCAGCAUUCACUUAGCUUGAUCUCCUCGUGCUCUCAUUGGCUAAAGCAUUAGAAGCAUCCGAUUGACAGGAUUGGUUUCCCAGUAUUUAAUAUAAAUAUACCAUAUAAUAUAUUGUUGGUGAAUUAUUGAGAAAUGUAAUGUCCUCUUCAAAUUUCUAAAAUUGUCUGCCAAAGGCUUACCUGUUCUGGUUUUGUUUGCUGUUGGGUGUUUGGGACAGAGUUCACCGUUUUUCAGUGGUGUCUUUAUACUUUACUGGUUUGUGAAUUUUAUACAAUCGAAAAAUCUUUCUUUUUCCUGCUUCUUCCUUCUCUUCUCCAAGCUUCUUCCCCGUUUCCGCUUCCUUUGUUUUCCUAACCAUUUCUACUUCAGAAUUUUUCCCCCCUUACGGACCCAUGCUAGGUCGUACACCCUCUCCGGACCUGUUAACCAUUUGCAGUUACCAUAAGUGCUUUAUCUUCUCUAUGCACCGGCUUAAACUUGACUGUUGUAUGUUAGCACAUUUUCUAUGCAGCAGUUGGUCAACUUCGACUCAAAACACUGUUAAGUUUCGUUACAAAGUUCAUUUUAUGAAAGUGGUACUCUCUGUAGCAUGAGUAUUUAGAGCUACAGGUUAGCUACCCGAGCUCAAGCUCUUUUGUUUCUUUUUUUUUUUUUUUUUUCUCUCUUUUUCUUCACUUCUGAGGUUUCUCUCUCUACUCCACUGAAAUUAUCGUGUGCUAAAUUUGGGAAACAAAUCUAUUCUAACUCAUUAACCCAGUUGAAAUUUAGGUCUGUCAUCUUAAUAUAUCAUGCAGUACAAGGAAGAAUCUUUAUAAAGCGACCCACCUUUCAUGCUGCGCCAGCAUUGGCCCGCUUGUGCUGAUGAUGUGAUUAGGUGUAGAGCAUUUGCUUAAAUUUAACCUCAAAGUUUAUCAUACAGCUUUAAUGAGUCACAUUGACAUAAUUCAGCACUUGAACUGCAGAUCACUUUUAGUUACCAAAAGAGCUAAAGCAUGUCAGUGGCAUGAUGCUUGCCAAGCCAGAUCUAGGCAUCUAGGAUAAUUAAGGUAUUUUAGUAUGCAAUUUACUGCCCUAGUAUCAGAGGUCAGUAGAGUGUCCAUUCUUUCUUUCUUCCAGCCUAAGUAUACCUUUAAAGAUACCUUGCAUGAAUUACUUUGGUCUCAGUUAUUUGUCACUGUAGUUAAACACAAAGGUUGCAGUGCUUUCUAUAUUCCCUUACUGAAAGUUAGCUUCACUCUGCUUUUCUUUUUUUAUGUGUCGUUCUUUUUGUUCGUUUGUUUUCUGCGAACAGCUUUGCUAACACCACCACACACAGAAAGGGCUCUUUUAAGAAACGAUAAGUGAAAAGUAUUAAAAAAAAAAAAAAAAGAUUCAGGUAAUUCUCAUUCAGCACUUUAUUGUUAUUCAGAAUGAAAUUUAUGAUGGCACAUUUGCCCUGCAAAUGUCUUAAUGAAAUUGUUCUGAAUAAAAAAGCUCCUCAUUUGUUGGAGAAAAACUCAAGUUUACCUGUGAGUCGAAUGAGCUGGAUCACUUGGGUUUUUGCUUCCAUUUUAUUCUGAGGGUUUGAUGUAAUGGUAUUUAAGGAGUCAUCACUGCAAAGAAUCACAUUAGGUUUAUUUCAUCUUUAUUCAGUACAAAACUCAUAAUGAACAGUAGUAAGUAAAACAUUAGACUUACUUUCUGAUUAAAUAAUUGAGGUUUAAUUUUUUUUUUUUUAAGAUAUCUUUACUAGGUUGUGAAUUGAAUUUCACCAUUGAAAAGGGUGAAUGGGAUAUAAAUGGUCACUCUCUAGCCUUUCGAUGAAGAGAUUUUAAAACCAUAUUUACCACGGACAAAUUUGAUGGGGUAUUUGAGCUGCCACAUGUAUUAGUAAUUUAUGAUUUAGACAAAUAUGCUAGAACUCUCAGACAUCAGUAUUUUGAAAUCAUUUGCCUCUGACCUUGUGGUAUAAGAAUUAUAUAUGCAUGAGCUACUUUUUUUAAAAAGGGAAACUUUGUAAGUACAGUAAAUCUACACCAGUAGAUCUCAGUAAUUUGGGGGUAAAUGAUGAGCAAUUGGAUUUUUAAGUGAUUUAACAUUUUCCCCUCUUUUUUGGGAGGGGAUAAGAGGGCUUACGUGCUCGUAUAGUAACACACACCUCACUGUACUUUAUAGGUGAACUUGAAUCAUACAACUUUAGUGGAACUAAGGAUUUCUUGACGUAGCCUUUUCCACCACUAAAUAUUGAUCACUUAGAACAGUUCUUCGGCUUUGAGAACUGAAAUGCCUUAUUUCAGUUUAGGGUACAGUUCUCUGUUCGCCAUCUAAUGCUGUUCGGAGCUCUUGAAAAAUCCGUUAGUUUGAUAGCUGAGAAUGGUCCAUGAUUUCAUUCUGGAGGAGGUUGGUUAAGAAACGUGACCUUGGACACCGUUAAGGCCUUUGUCUGAAAGUAUUCUCACAGUCGUUCUUGACUGAAUUAAAAAAAUACUUAAAUUUGUGUUCCUUUUUUUUAACCACAAAUGAGUACUUUAAUACUUGAUGAGCUAAUUGUACUUGUGGGAUUCGAACUAAACUAUACUGUAACAUGGUGAUGUUGGCUGGGGUCUGUAAGUUUCGGUGACAUUUCUGUACAAAUGCCCUGUAAGGCCUGCUGAAUUUCCAAUGUUCCGCUCUUGAUCAUUCCUGGAAGAGAAGUGGUCAUUUUACUCAGAUUAUUAGAUACCAAUCUACUUUAUAAAGACAAGUGGAUUAUAGGUUUAAAAAAGAGUCAUUUUCUUACCCAUAAAUCUGACAUGGGCAUAAAACCCAAAUCAGCAAAAACUAACAUGGUGCCCAUGACGACUUUGAAGUUAAGCAAUUGCUCACUGACAAAGUUACUACCUUAACGUGUAAUAUCUUAGAGACCCCGCAGCUACUGUGACUUGGGAAAAUUCUUUAAAUUUGUAUGUGAAAAAGUAGCUCUUUAAAAUCAUUUUGCCCAGCUGAAACCUUAGGUUGAAUUUUACAGGUAAAAUAAUCCUUGUAAUUAUCAGAAUUGUGGGAACCAGAUGAGAUAAUAACCAUUUUCUCGCGUAAUGCGACGGCAGCAUUCUUGCAUGGAACUUUAACCAUUUUAGAGUUAGAUCCUAGAGAAACUAAUUGGUCGUCAUCCUUUCUCUUUCUUUUUUCUUCUCUUUUUUUUCUUUUUGCCCUCAUAUAUCACUAAACAACUAGUUUCUCCCUUUUGUCACUUCCCAUUGCAUAUUUUUCAGAAGAAGUACUGUAUUCAGAUGCCAGCCAAUAAGUUGUCACAUAAUGGAAAAUGAUAUGCCACAACAUUCAUUGUAAGGUUUAAUAAAAUUAAAUUUGCACCAAA